AUGGCCAAAAAGUGUCCCACCUGUGGGUCACGCAAGUGGCGCAAGGAUGGUGUCACAGGAAGCGUCAUCUGCGAGGAGGGCCACGUCCUUGCCGGAGUUCGGUCCGAGAACCUCGUCAUGGAACCCACGGGCCAUGCGAUGCAGAAACGUCGCAUGCUCAAGGGUGACCGCGUGAAUAAGAGGAAGACUGAAGGACAGGCGAAUAAAGACUAUAUACAUGGAGAAGCGGCCGAAUAUCUACGCCUGCAAGGGCUGCAGCUCAUGCUUCGUCACCAGGUGGCUGCGCUGAAGAAGCUGUGGUCUCUGCCAGAUGCUCUUGAGCUCCUCAUCACCCCCGUCCCAACGCCCGACGAGGAAAGUCGGCCGGGCACGCCUGUCCCAGAAGCCGGGCCGUCUGGACCUUCGGGAGCGUUUAUUGAGCAACAGUACAAGGCAAAAACACGCAAGGACGGCUCCAAGUCGCGGCCGGGGUCGCGGUCGGGGUCGCGGUCGGGGUCGCGGUCGGGGUCUGGAUCCGACACGGAGACGUCCAACCACGGCGACGACGGCGACAAGAGUGGCGAGGACGCUGACCUCGAGGCUGAGUUAUCCGAGGUCACGGACGACGAGGAAGAGUCUGGACAAGGAGAGGCGUCUGAUUCAUGGAAACCACGUAAACGGCAGUUGAAAGCGUCAGACACGCUCGUGACGCUCAUCACUGCGCUCUGGGUGCUGCGCGUACCGUUUACAUAUGCGCUCAUUGAACGACUGGUCAACACAAACCAGAUUCCUUACAUCGACUUUUCCCAGACCACGCUCGUCCCAGCCGAAAUGGCCAAGCGCAUGAACCGCGCCGUUAAUUCCUCGUUGCGUCCCCAACGGUCCCCCGUUUCCGAGUACCUGUUUGAAUCAACACGCAGGUUUGGGCGUUUCCUCACGACGUUUGGCCAGGUGAUCCCAGAGAUCAACCUGCCGCCAGUGGCGUGGCACGUCGUGUCCCAGCUGGGCGGUAAUGCCAUCACGUAUUCCCAAGUGGUCGCCUUCCUCGAGCUCAUCGACGCCAACAUGUUCCUCAACCCCGAGACCCAGCUCGUGAUGCAGAAACGACGCUCCUCUAUGGGCGAGACGACCGACGAGCUGGGUGUCAAGCCUGCGCGGAUGUACGACAACUUUAUGCCUGAACAGAGCGUCGCUGCGGCCUUUGUCAUUGUCAUGAAACUCGCGUAUGGGCUGGACGGCGUCGACCGGCUCGCGCUGCUCCGGACGGACCCGCUCAUUGGCCUGCCGCAGCCUACCCCGUGGCUGGACGAGCUUGAGAGGCGUGUCAAGUCUGGCGAGUUGACCGGGUCUCAACAAGAGUUGGGACCGCAGCGGUUCGACCUCAUGGAACCCGCCGACAUUGACCGUUUCUUGGACCGGUGCGAGGACGUCUUGCUCAAGAACAGACACCACGGAUCAGGCGGCAACUUGUUCCCCCUCCCGCCCGCGCCGGACAUUCCAGCGCGCGACCCGCCGCUCAACUCAUGGACGGCGUUCCACGCGUCCGUGCAGCCCAUCACGCUCGCCGCGCCCGUCCCGUCGUCGACGCGCAACAAGGCCCUCCCACUCAUGCCGGGCGAGAGCUACCGGAGCUACGCCGCCGCCGACGUGACCGGCACGCUGCCGCAGGACUUUGAGCUGGUCCUCACGGCCGCGGGCCAGGUGGUCGGCCUGUCGACCCAGGUAAUGGCCCGCACGGUCGAGGCGUUUGAGCGUCGCAUGGAGACGUUGCGGCCCCGCAGAGAGAAUGCGCACAACCCCGCGCUGAGGCGCGUGCAUGCGGCGAGUGGGCUGAGGGAGAGUAAGAGUUUUGGAUAG